UUUUUGGUUUCAUAUACAGUUGAAGCACACUAUAUACACAACAUUCAGAGUGUAGAUAAAAGAAAAUUUCACACGAUAAACGAUGCAUAGCUAUGGAGUCCUACAAGGUCUUAUUCUAGCAAUAACAGCAAUUAUGAUUUUGGGUGUUUGGGUGCAUGGAGUCAUUGGGUUGCCACUGGCUUUAUCCGUUUCCGAAACUCUUCCGAUCGCCAUGCCAGUAGUAAGAGCUCCGAGGCAGAUCAAUCUUAAUCAGUCUACGUUUGAUGUUGACGACUGGAGCUCUAAAGCAAAAAUGCCUCAUAAUUCAGACGGCUUUCGAGUUUUUGGAAAGAAACUACAGGAUAGUUAUCACCGAAAAAUUGGAAUCAAUGGAACUCAUGAUCCUCCCACCACCACCAGUAGUCCUACUACUACUACUACCAAAGCUCCAAGGAAACGAAUAAAAAGCGGUAUUCGACUCUUUGCCUCUCCACAGGAUCCCGCAGCAGAACCUCCUGCUUCUGGAGCACCUCCAGAUGGAGCAGCAGCGGCACCGCCAGAUGGAGCGGCACCGCCAGAUGGAGCGGCACCGCCAGAUGGAGCAGCAGCGGCACCGCCAGAUGGAGCAGCAGCGGCGGGAGCUGAAGGGGGUGGAAAAAAUGGUACGCCCGAUUCGCUGCGCGUUAGUAUUGAACCAUUCGGCACUAACAAAUACGGCGGAAAGGAAUACAAUCCAUGGGCCAUCACCUUUGGAGACCAAUUCUUCGAUACCCGCUUUACUCCUGGUAUGCGGCCCCGUUAUAAUGUUAUAAAUAUGGCUCCCCCUUAUAAUUACAUACCUAGUAAGGAGUUGACCACCGUGUGCGUGAAUAGAUCGACCAUGUACAACGAGAUCAAGGUGGAGAAGUGGCUGAUGCGCCAUGUCUACAGCAAAAGGAAGAAAAGCCGCCCUUAUUUCAUGCAACUGCGUCAUCAAUUGUACGAGAAAGGAAAAUCGGAAGAGUGCGAAGCUCGGCUUCCGCGAUCAAAUUACUUACAAUGCUCAAUACGCCGUCACCAGCGCAUGGAGUACUUAAUCCCAAAGUAUCCGCUACAACAAUUUGCCGAAAACUAAAAUCUCUAUUUCUCUCCUGGACGCACUUGUACUGUUUAAAUUUCAGUUAGACAUCAAUCAUGCCACAUUUUCAUUUCAUGAUAACUGAUAACCAUAAAUAUAAUCCAUCCGCUCAUUA